UGUGAGUUUCUACACGUCUAGUUUGGUGAUGGCGUUGGGUCAUCCGGGUCAGAACGCGUCACCUGCGGGAUAGAGACUCCGUCGAGCAUCCUCAGAAGUGCGCUCAGACGAGGAGCUAACUUGUGACAUCGUUUGAAAUGUCACCGGACAGCUGAGAACUCAUUAUAGUGACAGGAUUUAACCAAGAGGAAGAAACUUCGGUUGCCAUGUCUCUCCUGUGCGUGAGAGUUAAGAAAGCCAAACUCCAAGGACCUCCGGAUAAAUUCAAUGCCUAUGUGACACUGAAAGUGCAAAAUGUGAAGAGUACCACCAUCACUGUGAGGGGAGACCAGCCAUGCUGGGAGCAGGACUUCAUGUUUGAGAUCAGCCGGCUGGACCUGGGCCUCAUUGUAGAGGUGUGGAACAAAGGUCUCAUCUGGGACACCAUGUUAGGAACGGCCUGGAUCCCACUUAAAAGCAUCUGCCAUUCAGAGGAGGAGGGCCCUGGUGAUUGGAUAUUUCUGGACUCUGAAGUUCUGAUGAAGGCAGAUGAGAUAUAUGGGACUAAAAAUCCAACUCCACAUCGGGUCCUGCUGGACACUCGCUUUGAACUGCCCUUCGAAAUCCCAGAGGAUGAGGCUCGAUACUGGACCGGCAAACUGGAACGCAUCAAUGCUAUGGGUGUUCAUGAUGAGUUUCCCUUACAGGAUGAAGUAGCGGGACGCCACCUUCCCUGCGCUGCCUCUCAAUGCUCUUUGGAUGACCUGGAUAGUGCAGUGGAUGAUAGAGACAGUGACUACAGGAGUGAGACGAGCAGUAGUUUACCUCCACGCUACCACACUACAGCCCAGCCCAACUCUUCACUUCACCAGUAUCCCAUGGGGCCACGCUUUCAGCAGCACAUGGAUUCCUGUGCUGACUCUUUGCACAGCUUUGAAUUUGAUUAUAGAGAUCACCAUGCAAGCAGUCCUGUGGACUCCAGUCAUUUUGGAUCUUCAGGGAACCUCAGCCAAGCUAGUUCCCAGCUCAGUGAGACUGGUCAAGAGAGUGCUGCUUGUUCAGAGUUAGAGGAGUCCUACCAUUCCUACCACAGUACUGGCUAUCGACCAUCCAGAAAUGGGCAUCACCCUACCAUUGAACAAACCUCCUGGGGGGAAGAUGAAGGAUUGAAAUCCUCCCAAGAAAAUGGAAAGGGUAUAAGCUGCACCAUAAAAAAGGAAGUGGCUUCUCAAGUGGACAAAAUGCCUAAUAAAACUCUCAAAGGCUUCAGGGACGAUGGAAUGCCUUUGCCAUUCUCUCCAUCCAGACUGCGCUGGCUUAAGGCAAUCAACAAAGUGAGAGUUCAACUUAAGGAGGGCAAAGAAAAUGGAGAUAAUUCAAGACAUGCUUGGAUUAAAGCUGGAAAUGGGAGUGGAAUAUUUGGAAUUGACAGUAUGCCAGACCUUCGAAAGAAAAAAGCUAUCCCUCUGGUUAGUGAUGUGUCUCUGGUCCAAGCCAGGAAGGCUGGCAUUGCAUCGGCGAUGGCCUCGCGCUCCUCCAUAAAAGAUGAGGAACUGAAGAACCAUGUGUAUAAGAAAACGCUGCAAGCUUUAAUCUACCCCAUUUCUUGUACAACACCUCACAAUUUUGAGAUAUGGACGGCCACAACGCCCACCUACUGUUACGAGUGUGAGGGGCUUCUUUGGGGCAUUGCGCGGCAGGGCAUGCGCUGCACGGAGUGCGGGGUCAAAUGUCACGAGAAGUGUCAGGAGCUGCUGAAUGCAGACUGCCUGCAGCGCGCGGCUGAAAAGAGCUCCAAACAUGGUGCCGAGGACCGCACUCAGAACAUCAUUAUGGCCAUGAAGGAUCGCAUGAAGAUCCGUGAGAGGAACAAGCCUGAGAUCUUUGAGGUCAUCCGAGAUGUGUUUGUGGUCAGCAAGGCUAUCCAUGCUCAGCAGAUGAAGACUAUCAAGCAGAGCGUCCUGGAUGGAACAUCCAAGUGGUCAGCCAAGAUCACCAUCACAGUUGUCUGUGCUCAAGGACUGCAAGCUAAAGAUAAGACUGGUUCCAGUGACCCCUACGUGACUGUCCAGGUGGGUAAAACCAAAAAGAGGACCAAGACGAUCUACGGCAACCUCAAUCCUGUCUGGGAGGAAAAGUAUCAUUUUGAAUGCCAUAACUCCUCUGAUCGCAUCAAAGUUCGUGUUUGGGAUGAAGAUGACGACAUAAAGUCAAGAGUAAAGCAGCGUUUAAAGAGAGAAUCUGAUGAUUUCCUGGGCCAAAGCAUCAUUGAGGUUCGCACACUGAGCGGAGAAAUGGACGUCUGGUAUAACCUCGAGAAAAGAACGGACAAGUCUGCUGUUUCUGGUGCCAUCCGCCUUCAGAUCAGUGUGGAAAUUAAGGGUGAAGAGAAAGUGGCCCCCUACCAUAUCCAGUACACCUGUCUACAUGAGAACCUCUUUCAUCACAUCACAGAUGUCCUCGGUCAGGGUGUGGUGAAAAUCCCAGAAGCCCGUGGCGAUGAUGCCUGGAAAGUCUACUUUGACGAUGUGCCACAAGAAAUAGUUGAUGAAUUUGCAAUGCGCUAUGGGAUUGAAUCCAUCUACCAGGCCAUGACGCACUUUGCAUGUCUCUCGUCUAAGUAUAUGUGUCCCGGGGUCCCUGCUGUGAUGAGCACCCUGCUGGCCAACAUCAACGCCUACUACGCCCACACCACUGCAUCCACCAAUGUCUCCGCUAGCGAUAGAUUUGCUGCAUCCAACUUUGGGAAAGAAAAGUUUGUCAAGCUUUUGGAUCAGCUGCACAAUUCCCUGCGGAUUGACCUCUCAAUGUAUCGAAACAACUUCCCUGCAAGUAGUAAGGAGCGUUUACAGGACCUCAAAUCUACUGUGGACCUCCUUACCAGCAUCACCUUCUUCAGAAUGAAGGUCCAGGAACUGCAGAGUCCCCCCAGAGCCAGUCAGGUUGUGCGAGACUGUGUCAAAGCCUGCCUCAACUCCACGUAUGACUACAUCUUCAACAACUGUCAAGACCUGUACAGUCGCCAAUAUCCUCAGAUCGGAGACACGCAUAAGGAGGAGUGCACCCCAGAAGAUCAGGGCCCAAGCAUCAAGAACUUAGAUUUCUGGCCCAAACUCAUUACGCUGAUAGUGUCCAUCAUUGAGGAGGACCGUAACUCCUAUACACCAGUCCUUAACCAGUUUCCUCAGGAGCUGAAUGUGGGAAAACUGAGUGCGGAGGUCAUGUGGAAUCAGUUCUCUCAGGAUAUGAAGUAUGCCAUGGAAGAACAUGAAAAACACCGGCUGUGUAAGAGCGCAGACUACAUGAACCUGCACUUCAAGGUCAAAUGGCUGUAUAAUGAAUAUGUGAAGGAUCUGCCAGCUUUCAAGGGAGUUGUGCCCGAAUACCCCACGUGGUUCCAGCAGUUUGUGCUGCAGUGGCUGGAUGAGAACGAGGAUGUGUCCAUGGAGUUCAUGCAUGGAGCCCUGGAGAGAGAUAAAAAAGAUGGAUUCCAGCAGACAUCAGAGCAUGCUCUCUUCUCCUGUUCGGUGGUGGACGUCUUCACCCAGCUCAACCAGAGCUUUGAGAUCAUCAAGAAACUGGAGUGUCCCGACCCCAAAGUCUUGGCCCUCUACAGCCGCCGGUUCGCCAAGACCAUUGACAAAGUUCUGCUACAGUACAGUGCCAUUUUGAAGAAGAGCUUCCCGUCCUAUUGUGAUAAGGAGAAGAUUCCAUGCGUCUUGAUGAAUAAUGUCCAGCAGCUGCGUGUCCAGCUUGAGAAGAUGUUUGAGUCUAUGGGUGCCAAACAGCUGGAAGAGAGUGAGGAUGAGGAGGAAGAGUUACAGGAGAUGGACAUCUCAGAGGACAAGCCUCAGAAAGCAGACAGGGAGCAGAAGGUGGCGGUCAGCAGGAAACAGCUGGACACAGAGGCCAGUGACCUCCUGAACGAUCUCCAGGUCAAGCUGAACAACGUCUUGGACGAGCUGAGCAGCACCUUUGGAAACACUUUCCAGAGCCGCAUUGAUGACUGCAUGCGUCAGAUGGCCAGCCUGCUGUACCAGAUCAAGGGUCCCGUGAACGCAAACACACGCAACCAGGUGGAGGCCGACUCUGAUAACAUGCUGCGACCACUGAUGGACUUCCUGGAUGCAAAUCUGAUGCUGUUUGCCUCGGUGUGUGAGAAAACCGUGCUGAAGCGAGUGCUGAAGGAGCUGUGGAGAAUUGUGAUGAACAGUCUUGAGAAGACCAUCAUCCUUCCUCAGGGCAAUGACACCUUUGGAAUGAUCUUUUCAGCAGCUAAAGAACUGGGUCAGCUCUCCAAACUCAAGGAUCACAUGUCUGGUGAAGCUAAAAGCUUGACGCCCAAGCAGUGUGCGGUCAUGGAUGUGGCCCUUGAUACCAUAAAGCAAUACUUCCACGCUGGAGGAAAUGGUCUGAAGAAGGCCUUUCUGGAGAAGAGUCCUGAGCUGUCCUCGCUGAGACAUGCACUGUCCCUCUAUACGCAGACCACUGACACACUUAUCAAGACGUUCGUCACUACUCAGCAUGCUCAAGGCUCGGGAGUUGAUAAACCAGUAGGGGAAGUAUCCAUACAGAUCGACCUCUUCACUCACCCGGGCACAGGAGAGCAUAAAGUUACAGUUAAAGUUGUGGCUGCUAAUGAUCUGAAGUGGCAGACGUCUGGGAUGUUCCGGCCAUUUGUGGAGGUCACCAUGAUCGGCCCUCAUCUCAGCGACAAGAAGCGCAAGUUCACCACCAAAUCAAAGAACAACAGCUGGGCGCCCAAAUUCAACGAGACCUUCCAUUUUAUUCUUGGGAACGAGGAUGGGCCGGAGUGUUAUGAGCUGCAGGUGUGUGUGAAGGACUACUGCUUCGGCCGUGCGGACCGUGUGGUCGGCAUCGCCGUCAUACAGCUGCGUGAUGUCGCACCGAGGGCCAGCUGUGCCUGCUGGUGUCCACUGGGCCCACGGAUACACAUCGACGACACAGGCCUCACCGUCAUGCGCAUCCUCUCCCAGCGCACGGGUGAUGAGGUGGCCAAAGAGUUUGUGAAACUCAAGUCUGAGACACGCUCGGCCGAGGAGGGGAGGUGAGGACAUUCCUACAGCAGAAGACAAUCUCAGACUCUUAAGUAUUGGCUGGAUGUCAACACUGUCACCUUUUUUGUGUUCACACCAAUGUUUUUGCUUCCCACUGACACCCACAGAGAAGGCCAUGUGACAUGUUUUAUAAAGAGCACUGUUAGUUUUAGCAGUGGAUGAGGCGUGGGGGGGGGGUCAACUAGAAGAAAAGACUGAAAACAAUAUUUCUUUCCUCGUAUAUUGAUAUAGAAAACACACUCACGCAUCCAGGCAAUAACAAACUGGCAAAAGACUAGUUAGGGUAGAUACCAGUAGUGAGGGAUAGACAAACAGUCCUAAGUUGUAUCGUGCCAAAAUGUAGUCUAAUUUAGUUUUUUGUCUAUUGGAUAUUUAUA